AUGGAAUUUCCAGAACCGGCCGAAGAGCCGGAACCGGAACCCGUCAAGCCGGUUCUGACACAAAAGAAAGAGGAUUCAGAUGAUGAGACGGUGGCCCAGGGCGGAUUCGCUGCUCUGCUGAAGGUGAGAACUACCCUACUUUACUCACCCUACCCAACCCUAAUCUAACCUACCCUACCCUACCUUGCCUUCUCUACUGACCUUACCCUACACAAUGGAAUCUUAUCCACAAAAAAUGCAUCCCUACCUCGAAAAGCCUACCCCUACCUUGCUAACACACCGGACUUCAAUUUCUGCCCCGCCUUCUAAAAAAUCUUAUUUACCCUUCAAGUUUACCCCGCCUUCAAAUUUUACCAUGCCUUCAAUUUUUACCCCGCCUUCAAUUUUUAUCAUGCCUUCAAAUUUUACCCUGCCUCCAAAUUUUACCCCGCCUUCAAAUUUUACUAUGCCUUCAAUUUUUACCCCGCCUUCAAAUUUUACCAUGCCUUCAAAUUUUACCAUGCCUUCAAUUUUUACCCCGCCUUCAAUUUUUACCCCGCCUUCAAAUUUUACCAUGCCUUCAAUUUUCAGAAAAAAGCGGCCAAAAUGGAAUCCGGCUCCACUUUCCGUAAAGGUCUUCUCGAAACCAAGCAAUCAGAAUCCGAGAUUCGUUGGCGAGAGGCGGCCGAGAAGGUGAAGAACAAGCCCAUGGUCUUCAACGACAUUGACUUCUCAGCACUGGCCGAGUUCGAGCAGGACCCGUUAAUUCUAGUCAAGCAAGCUCAAGCACAACAAGAUCGAAACAAUGGUACUCGUAGUAUGUAUGGUGCUAUCCCACCCCCACCACCAUUAAAUGGAGGCGGCGUACCAAUGCCACCGCCAUUGAAUGGGAGCGGGGUCCCACCACCCCCGCCAAUGUGGAAGAAUGGGGGUAUGUCGAUGAGUAUGACCGAGGCUUCCAAAGGUGGUACUGUGCGACUGCAUUGGAAGGCGGCCCAAUUUGAUGCACUGGCGGCGGUACCAAUGCUCCAGAACAAGGGCAACUUCUGGGAGAAGGUGGAGAAGCCGCAGAUCGACGUCACCAACCUCACCAAGUUGUUCGAGCAGAAGCAGAAGGAGGUGCCGUCGAAGAAGGCGGGCGAAGUGCACAAGCCUCAAGUACUACAAGUACUAUCAGUCAAAAGGUCACAAGCUAUCAACAUUGGACUGACCAAACUACCCCCCAUCUCCACCAUACCCCCAGCGAUACGCAAGUUCGACUCGGCGGUGCUGAACAAGGAUGCCAUCGAGAAGAUCCUCCAGACCAUGAUGCCCACCGUGGAGGAGGUGGAGCGCAUCAAGGAGAAACAGUACGAACACCCAGACAUGCCCCUAGGCCAGGCGGAGCAGUUCAUGUUAUCAUUGAGUGAAAUUGACUGUUUAUUGGAGCGGCUAAGGCUGUGGAUGUUCAUGUUGGACUACCCCACCAUGGAGGCGGAUGUCUCGGAGAGUCUAAACGAGCUCAAGAAUGCCAUGCUCGAAGUGGAAGAGAGUCAGACCUUCAGACAAGUCAUGGGAGUACUCUUGACCAUUGGCAAUGCUCUUAAUGGCACUGAUGUGAGUUUACAACGUUUGUUUUUACCAUGCCCAAACCAUACCUUCUCUACAAAUGAGACAUUAUGGUCAAGACAGGGUUGGGUUUUUAAGAUGGUGUACAUUUUUGAGAGGGCGGGUAAAAUUUGAGGAUAGGGUAGAGUUUUUAAAGGGCAGGGUAAAAUUUGAGAAAAGGGUAAAAUUUGAGGGAGGGGUAAAAUUUGAGGACAGGGUAAAAUUUGAAAUUAGGGUUAAAUUUGAGGUUAGGGUAAAAUUUGAGGGCGGGUCGAUAUUUUAAAGGACAGCUUAAAACUUGAGGGCAGGGUAAAAUUUGAAAGUAGGGUUAAAUUUGAGGUUAGGGUAGAUUUUUUAAAGGGCGGGGGUAGAGUAAAAAUUGUUUGAGGGUAGGGUAAAAAUUGAGGGCUGGGUAAAGUUUGAGGGUGGGUAAAAUUUGAGGGCGGGGUAGAUAUCUUAAAAGAAAGCUUAAAAUUUGAGGGCGGGGUAAAAUUUGAGGGCAGGGUAAAAUUUGAAAGUAGAGUUAAAUUUGAGGAUAGGGUAGAUUUUUUAAAGGGAUUAGGUAGGGUAGGGUAGGGUAGGGUAGGGAAGGGUAGGGUAGGGUAGGGUAGGGUAGGGUAGGGUAGGGUAGGGUAGGGUAGGGUAGGGUAGGGUAGGGUAGGGUAGGGUAGGGUAGGGUAGGGUAGGGUAGGGUAGGGUAGGGUAGGGUAGGGUAGGGUAGGGCUGUUAAAUUUUGAUCUAAUUUCAACAUUCCAGAUCCAAGCCUUCCAACUUGACUUCCUAUCGCGAGCUUCCGAAGUCAAAGACGCGGUCCAUAAGUAUCCACUCACUUAUCAUGCGGCCGAACUGAUGUUGAACAGAGUACCGGAAUCUUCAGACUUACAUAGUGAAUUCGGGGCAACGUCAAGGUGUUCUAGAGUAAGUUCUUGCCAACUUUUGUUUUGUAAAGAAAGUUCUUGCGAUUUUUGGCUUUGUAAAGAAAGUUCUUGCUAUUUGUGCCUAAGAAUCAAUUUUCAGCUUGACUUCGACGCCGUGCACGAUAACCUGAAGAAGAUGGAGCAGGACUGCAAGGCCUGCUUCGACUACGUAGCCAAGAUCGCCUCGAAGGACAACAGCUCCAGCAUGAAAACCAAGGUCACCAGCUACCUGACCGAGGUGGCGGAGCGCAUUCACAACCUGAAACGAGCCCAUCGUCACGCCUUUUACAAAUGGAACUCCUUCCUCCUGUACCUCGGCUACAGCGCUCAAGAGGUCAAGGAUCUGAAGCCGAUGGCCGUCUUCAAGGUGAUAGCCGAGUUCGCCUUGGAGUACCGGACCAACCGGGACAAGAUCGUGCAGAUGCGGAAGAGAAUGGCAGAGAAGAGGGAGCGCAACAAGACCCGAGGCAUGAUGAUCAACGCCGCUCAGAAGCAACAACAACAAGGCGCCUACAAUGGGUAUGAGGCCAAGAAACCGGUCCCCACGCCCGAAAUGAGUGAUAAGGAUGUAGGUUUUGGGGGUUUUGAUUGGGCAGGGCAUGGUAGGAUAUGUUAUGAUAGGGAGGGUAAAGCAGGUUUGGGUAGGGUAGGAUAUGUUAUGAUAGGGAGGGUAAGGCAGGUUUGGGUAGGGUAUGGUAAGAUACAGUAAUGUAAGGGGUAGGGCGCAGCAGGGUAUAUUAGGGUAGGCCAAUGCAUGAUAGGGUAGGGUAAGGUAGGUCAGGGUAAGAUUUAGAAAGAAAGUUCUUGCGGUUUUUGGAAAAAUGAGUUUUGGAAGGAAAAUUCUUGCGAUUUUUCGAAAAAAGAGGUUUGGAAAGAAAGUUUUUGUUGUUUUUCGAUUAAAAAGUUUUGGAAAGAAAGUUCUUGCGGUUUUAUGAAAAAUGAGUUUUGGAAAGAAAGUUUUUGCGGUUUUUUGAAAAAUGAAGUUUGGAAACAAAGUUCUUGCGGUUUGUUACCUAAAACCUUAUUUUCAAUCUUUCCAGCGCCACCAACAGAUGCAGCGAUUCCUCUCGAACAACACCAAUUCAGAUGAAAACACCCUUCAACGUCGUCGCAUUGGACAACCAACUCCAGAGCGACAAAUCAUUGCCAAUGAGGUGAUGAGGAAGUCGCCUGGAGAAGAAACAGUCGAAGAUGAACUACUUGAUGGUGUAGUAAGAACAGUAACGGCACAAGCAGAAAGUCGGGAUCACACUCGACGAAGGGCACGGCAAUUUAAUCGCAAAUCUCGUGAGUUUUUUAAAAUUUUAUCAUUUUUUGAUUGCACCGUGCAAAAUACAUCGCUAUUGCACAGUGUAAAAUAUUGUAAAUUAAGACUGCACCGUGCAAACUGUGUACUUCUACAGGGACUGCACUGUGCAACGUAAUUUAGACUGCACCGUGCAAGUUGUUUACUUUCGUAAGGGCCUGCACUGUGCAAAGGAAUAAAUACUGCACUGUGCAAAGAACUAAAGACUGCACCGUGCAAGCUGUUUACUUCUAUAGUAAACUUGCACAGUGCAGUCCGUAUGUUUUUUACACCGUGCAACCCUUAAAUACAGUGUAUUUAACGUCAUCUUUGACCGAUUCAAUACCUAAUUUUCAGUGCGCCGAACCCGCACGAUACGAGCCGACAACCUGGUCUCGGACAACGGAUAUUAA